AAGAAAGAGCAAAAAGAGGGAGUUUUCACGUGCUCAGUUGCCCCGCGCAAGGCUUGAAACGAGUGCUAAAGAACCCGGUUGAUGAAGCAGCCCGCAUAUGUAAGCUGAAGCAAGGAUCUUACUAGGUACAAACGGGCUUCUCAAAUUAGCCUCCAUUCAUUUCCUGUUUACAACGUCACAGAGAGAAGGCUGAAAAAAAAGUCUCACAAGGCUGCCAUAAUCCUACCUUACGUCCAUUUAACUACCAAUUGACAACAAAUAGUGGUACGAUUCAUAUAGGGGGAUAAUAUAAAUUUACCGCUACUUACAAUCCAGCACGUGUCUUCCCAUCUUAAUCCUACAAAACCGCGUUUCUUCGAUCCAAGAUGGCCUCGCCACCAAGCAAUGCUCCAAUUAGCACAACGAGACUCAAGCAGAUAGCGAUGGAUGCUUGCCAAAGCGCCAUCGGCGGUGCGGAGUUCUACGAGCAUUCGAAGGUUGAGGGUUGGAACGGGACCAUAAUUAAUUCAAUCCUCAGGGCGGUCAUAUCCGAAUCAACGCCUUCGAGCUCCCAAACCCCGGCUCAUAAAUAUGUGGUCAACAGCACCAUCGUCCAACAUCUCGUCCCGACCUCGGCCCUGAACAAGCCCAAAGGCGGAAGCGAAGCAAAGGCCGACGGCCCGCUUAUUAGUACGAGCGACGGCGGUAACGCAACUGCCACGGACGGCAAACCGCACGUUGGUCGACGAGGCAUGCACUCGGCAACGCAGGCAUUCUGGAACGAGAAAACAGAUGGCAUGUGGAGUUUCAAAUACGACGGCGGAGAGGGCAAGGGCAUGGACGUCGUCAUCAGCAUCAUCUGGAUCGGCAUAUAAGAAUUUGCCUAUCGACUGGAUCUACGAAUGCGGCCCUUGUAAAAACAUAUUCGUUGCGGUAUAUUACCAAUGCGAUGGUAAUCACGACGACGAGUUGCUUAGCCUACCUCUACUAAAUACCUAUGUUCAACGCCUAUGUCGUUGCAGCACAUGACGCCGAUACCUACACUUUGUUAUCACUCCCUUCGAUGAGGCACGUUUCUCAGUGGUACGAAUAAUAUGGAGGUUGAGGUUGUCUACGUCUGUGCCUCAUUUCGAUCACAAACCUAGCAAUUCGAUAAGUAUACCAUAGUUAAUUCAUAUUGUGCUAUCUCAAAGGUCUAUGAGCUCCAUCUCCUUUACUUAAAAAGAAUACAAAAGUCGGGUUAACAGGGAAAGGCUUGAAUGGAGACUGUUCAUGCUGUAUUUGCUUAUACUUUUUAGAUUAUUUGCUUUAAAUCUAGUUGGUUAUAGAGAUGAGGCUCGACAGAUAUCAAUAUGCUUGCGUCUAGCCAUGUAAGACGAUUAUUGAUGUGAGUAACAGAUUAUUUUUUAAUUAUAGUCGAGGAGUCGACUUAAUCCAAAGGUUUUUAGUAUGUCUUGUUGGAAGAAACCAUAGGUACCUAGUCAUUGUAAUAGAAACGCCCCUGUGCGUGAGAUAAAAUCA